CCAUGGAUGAUGGAUGGUGGAUAAUGGAUAAGGAACUCGAAAGCUCUGAAGCAUUCGGUCGGCCUGAGCUGGAGAAGAUGAUAAGCAUUGAUAAGCCCAUCCCGGCUUAGUAGAUCCAUCAGGCUUCCGACACCCAUUGUGGAUCCAAACAGGUCGUAGCGUCCGAUCACAUUCCGUCUGCAAAUUUUAAUUUAAAAAUGAAUUAAGUUCGUCGUCUUCCUUGGUGCUUAUUUUCUACUUUCACUGUGGAUUUGGGAGGUUUCGCUGGCUGGAGAGCGUAUGGGUGGGGAGCAUCUGGUGGAUGGCGGGCGAACACGUGCUCCAAUUUGCUUCAUGUUAGGGUUUAUAUAAGAGAGGAAAGUAAACCCGAAUUCCUUCCUCAUAUAUCAUUCGAGAAGAGGAGGCCCAUUUUGGGAGACGGAUACUGCGGUGCUGCGGGAUUUUCACCGUCGAAUUGAAGUGGAAACAGACAAAUUAAAGAAGGCAGCACAGCGUUUCUUCACAUAAGAACAUGAAAAUGGUGGCCAGAACGGUGGAUCUUAGAUCUGAUACUGUUACUAAGCCAUCUGAUGUGAUGCGAGCUGCCAUGGCUAACGCUGAUGUGGAUGAUGAUGCCUUAGGAACAGACCCUACAGCAUUCCGAUUGGAGUCCGAGAUGGCCAAGGUUACGGGUAAAGAAGCUGCCGUCUUUGUACCUUCUGGGACCAUGGGGAAUCUCAUAGCAGUGCUCGUCCAUUGUGAGACAAGGGGAAGUGAGGUUAUCCUUGGUGAUGAUUCGCAUAUUCAUGUUUUUGAGAAUGGGGGGAUUUCAGUCUUUGGAGGCGUGCAUCCUAAAACUGUAGAAAACAAUCCUGAUGGCACCAUGGAUAUUAAUAAGAUAGUGGCAGCAAUUAGAACUCCCAAUGAUUCACUUUACUACCCAACUACUCGGUUAAUUUGCUUGGAGAAUACGCAAGCCAAUUGUGGAGGUAGAUGCCUUACUGCUGAAUAUACCGAUAGAGUUGGAGAGAUUGCUAAGAAACACGGUUUGAAGCUUCACAUAGAUGGAGCACGCAUCUUUAAUGCUUCUGUAGCUCUGGGAGUUCCUGUUCACAGACUUGUACAGGCUGCCGAUUCUGUUUCGGUUUGCUUGUCGAAGGGUUUGGGGGCUCCUGCUGGAUCUGUUCUUGUAGGCUCAAAAAACUUUAUUGCAAAGGCUAGAAGGCUUAGGAAAGCCUUAGGUGGAUGCAUGAGGCAAGUUGGAGUACUUUGUGCUGCUGCUUAUGUUGCUUUGAGCGAGAACGUUAACAAGCUAGAAGAUGAUCAUCGAAAGGCGAAGAUGAUGGCAGAGGGACUAAGUCAAAUUGAACAAUUUAGUGUUGACAAAGAGUCUGUGGAGACCAAUAUGGUCUUUUUUACCAUCAUAGAUACUUCAGUUUUAUCACCUGAAAGGCUGUGUCCAGUCUUGGAAGAGCGAGAGCGUGGCGUGCUUGUGUUUCCUUCAAGCUCAACUAGCAUCAGAAUUGUUCUGCAUUACCAGAUAUCAGAAAAUGAUGUUGACUAUGCUCUGACAUGUAUUAAGCAAGCUGUUCAUCAAAUCUUGACCGAAGCAUCACCAAAACAAGUGAAGUACUGAAGCAGCCAAGAUAUAGUAUCACAAUCAUGGCCAUUGGAUUAUUUUAUUUCAUUUUUAAUUUUUUUAAUGGCUAUAGAACUGUUAGUUCUCUUAUGGAAGCUGCUUUAUUUGGUUGUCAGAAAUUAGUUGCACUUUCUUUA